AAUCGCUCUGCCAAAUACAACCUGGAAAUGGAUCUGAAGGACAAGUUCACUGCAUUGACCAUUGACAACUACUGCUCCAGCCUGAACAACAACACACCGAAUAUUCGAUACGCCCAGAAUGUCGUUUCGGUGGAUGACAGCUCAGUGAGCCCCCAGGAGUGGGUGGAAUUCUCAAAUGUGAAUGUCGAAAAGGCAGACAAGCAACGGAACAAUUCCUUGGCGCUCCGUGCCUUGAUCGACAGUAUCCUGUCCCAGACGGCGGGCGACAUGCGCAAACAGAACAAGACAGUCAACAUCGCUUUCCAGAACAGGGUGAAGGAGACGAAGGAUGCGAAGGCCAAGCUGGAAACGCACCUGGCAAAGGUGAUGGAGGAGGUUAACUCCCAAGAGAAGAACAUCGCUGCCCUGAAGAAAGCCAUCCUCGACAAGGAAGGGCCGGCCAAGGUGGCAGCAACGCGACUGGAGACCCGGACUCACCGGCCCAACGUGGAGCUGUGCCGAGACGUGGUGCAGUACCGACUCAUCAAGGAGGUGCACGAAAUCAACCGCAACAUUCAGAGGUGAGAGGAAUGCAGAAAUGCGAGGCCUGAGUUGAAGACGUUUCUUGCGUGGACCUGA